AGUGCACGCGGAUACACCCAUGUUAUACAAGCCUUUCAUUUAUGUAAAUGUGAUCUGGUAUAAUAGGUGUAACAGGCGUGAGUACUUAGAAAAAGUACAAGGGUUACUCAGUACAACAAGCAACCAUGAAAACACAGGGACAUAAACCGCUGCUGAUGCUGCUUAUUCUUCUGACAUUUGCUGUCUACAUCGCAAUAUUGUUUAUGAAUUUUCUGUCAUCAUCUUGGACUCUAGUUGGCCAAGACUUUGAAGGUUUGUUUCUGAACAACACUGGGGAUGUCUCGGACUAUUUUUACCUUGAAAUCACACCUGCUGGCUGGACUUUCUCAAUCUGGGGCUUUAUCUACACUUGGCAGUUCUUAUGGCUGAUCUAUGUGGCGGCCAGUAUGUGCCGCAAAUCCACAAUGGGAAGCUACUUGUAUGUGGAUCCACAGCUUGUUCCAACAGGACUGUUCUUUGUCUUCAUCAUCAACAAUGUCCUGAACGUCGCUUGGCUUAUUCUGUUUGAUCGCAUGCUCAUCAUCUGGUCCAUGGUGGAUCUAUUUCUUAUAACUUUCUCACUCUACGUGGCAAUUUUCUUGACCCAUCGCCAACUUGAGAAGAUAGCGCCGAACCUGGUCAGCAUGAAGUCAGUGAAGGACAUCUGGAUGAUUCGAUUCUUUGUCCAGAAUGGCUUGGCCUUCUACGCCACCUGGUGUACAAUUGCCUCACUCCUGAACACCGCCAUAGUCCUGUCAUACACCAUAGGCAUUAAACAGGACAUUGCAUGCACCAUUGUUUUGGGCGUCCUUGCAGGAGAGAUUUUGGUCUGGUUUGGUCUGGAUAUUUUUGUCUUUGAUAGAUACACCCGUUACAACUUCAGCCCAAUCAUUGUCCUCAUUCUCGCUCUGAGUGGAAGCCUCGCCAAGAACUGGGAUCCCGAGAAGCGCAAUUCCAUCAUCACCGUGGCGAUCCUUGGAGUAGCAGUGGUCAUUGGAUUGGUCAAGGUUAUUCUGAUGUUUUACCGCCACUGUACUCGGCCGCUGUACAGCCACUUGUAUACAUUGGAUAAAAUAUAAUCCCGGCCAUUGCUAUUAAACUUGCACUCAUUUGAAGAAAGUGAAAAUGCAAGUGUUAACUUUGGUGCAGCUUAUAAAAACAGCUGAAUUAGUGUUAGUUAUAUAAUAUGCCAAACAAUGUUUAUAUUUUUGUUACAUUUUUUCUGAAUAUGCUUCUCAUUAGUCAUACAUAUGAAUUUAUUGAGCUAACACAAUUCAAAACCUUUGACUGCCUGAAAGUCUUCAAUAUUUCACAAAACAAAAAAAUCAUUUUGAUACUUUUAGACUUACGUAAGAAAAUAGUUAAAGGUUGUAAUAAAAAAAUUUUGCUAAAGGUCAACAGCGUCUAACCAGCUGUACAAGUGUAAGUACUUAAAAUGCAGAUAAAGUGAGGAAAAAUCUCGAUACAAUUUUAUUAUUAUUUCAAGGUCAAACUGGGGUGAUGGCCAGUUUGAUAAGGUUAAAAAGUUUGUCCCCACUACAUGUUGUUAAAAAAGCUUGUCCCCACUACAUGUUGUUAAACACAGUUUGAAACCCCUUUAGCAGCCACGAAAAAAAUUUACCCCCUAGCUACUGGAGGGGACAGGCCAGACAGUUAAGCUGAUUACACUGAGCUGCUUAAGUAAGAAUCCCCUCAGCGAUACAUCGAUCCUGCUGGACUGGUAACUUAUAAUCUGAACUUAGCGUAUGGACUCUCAUUCAAAAUAUGCAAUCUGAUGAUUUCUAGUUGUGCAAUGCUUUUUGUAGUUUUAUGGAUUUAAAGAAAUGCUUC